AUGGCUCCGCGUUCAGCCGCUCUCGCUCUCAAGGCAGCCGCCGUCGCCGCCAUUCUCGCCAUGCUGGUUGCGCCUUCUUUGGGGCGCUGCGGUCACCCUCAGGCACCGGCGCCGGCAACGCCACCUCCGCCACCACCACCACCACCAUCUCUGGCUCCAGCGCCGGGACCUGGGCCUGGGCCAACGAUAUCGUGCAACGACUGUUUUUCGCAGUGCUACUCGCCAUGUGAAGCCUCCAUUGCCUCGAACUGCAGCAGCUACUGCGACGGCAUUGACUAUACAUGCAACUCCUGCAAGAUGGACGUGAUCGAGGGCUGCAAGAAAGCAAACAACUGCACCGGCAGCUGCGACGAGUGCAACUUCGACCCUAGCCCUUCGUGCGUCAGCCCCUGCACCACCCGGUACUGCGACCUCUGCCGGUACGGGUUGGAGCAGCAGUGCCGGGAAACCUGUCAGAAGGAGUGCUCUGCGCCUAAAUGCGUACCAUGGAGCCCUCAGAACUAG